AACUUUCAACCUUUGGGUCCUUUCCAACAUUGCCUUUCUAAUCAUACUUCCAUUUUCUUUUGACGGCACGUUUAUUAUCUGGAGUUGAUACUAAACCUUUCAGCAGACAAUCAAAAUGACUGAAACAAGCCAGUGUCAAACUGGUUUUUCUUCAAAGAUUGCGCUCUCCCCUGUCAUCACCAUAUCGCAAACUCCACCAACCACUGCGCAACCUCCCUCCGACAAUAAAAUCUCGCAGGCACAAUCACCUAUCGACCCACGCAUCAUGGAGCAAGAUUUGGCAUUGGAAGAGCAUGGAGGCGGUGGCUUCGACCCGGAUGGACAUUAUCAAAAUGGUAAGUUUCACCGUUUCUAGUUUACCAUCGAACGUUUUGUCUUCGUCGUAUAUUGCCCUUGUCUUCCGUUUCUGUUUCUUGCAUUUAUAUGUGAAAUGAUCGUGGUCUUUUAAUCAUUUAAGGCUUUCAAUAAUAAGUAUUUAACACUUUCUCGACAUCACUCUUGGCCCAGCCAUCACUUAUCAUUGCCUUCAUCCCAUCUGUAGUAGAGGAUUACCUGUGCCUCUAAUCUAUCAUCUGGCUAAUUGCAUGCUAUGAUAAAUGUUCUAUAGGUGGAUGUGCUUCUAGCUCUUUAUCAUCGAUUGAGCUACCCCUUGUCAAACCCAAAAUCAGUCAUUGAAAUUUAGCGGAAGCGCACAAUGUCCUGGCUGGUCCAUUUACAAUCUUAUAAUCUCGUUUAUUUUGUGAUCGUUGGCAAAAUUCAAUCUUCGUGGCUAACGUUUCACUAGCAUAUAUGAACAUUAGUAAAGCCGCAACUGGUGUCGUCAACGCUCCAACCAAACACACCAAUACUGGUAAUGCUGAGGGCUCACCCGCUGGUCGGAAGACCCGCCGCAAUGCGAAUAAGUCCAAACUUGGUGAUGGAGAAGGUCGCCGUCCCAUGGGCCCAUUCCAACAGCACAAUGCCAAUGGUGAUGAGGGUCAUGACAACAUUACCGGAUAUAUCAGAGUAGAUCCCCGCCACUAUUCCUACCCUUUUGAAGGUCAGAGCGAUGACGGAUAUCUUAAUUUAACGCAUCCUUCUGAAAUGAUCCGCGGCGGCGAAGGUAGUAUCAGUGAUUUUGAUAGUCCAUCCGCGAGUCGAAAUGAUCGUCGUAUUGCCAGUCGAUUCCUACAAGAACAACACAAUGGUAGAAAGGCUCGCAACAAUCGGGAUCAGUCUAGGCCAAAUGAUGAUAGUGGUGAUGAUUUCGGCAAAAUGGACGAUGGCUAUGAAAAUCACGGUUACGGCCCCCGACAAUUUCAGCGAGUCACACUUACAUCAGGUCUUCCAGAGCCCCGCUUCCCUAUUGUUCCAACUACUCCUGCUGUCAAAGGUCGAGUUGUCAAGCAAGCUUUGCGACGCGGUCGCCGACCAUUUGCCGAAGUGAGUGAUAACGAAGAUGCAACUCUUGAAACCUCCGACUACCAAGAUAGUAAUAUGGAUGAGGAUGAAUACUAUGAGCAGGCUAGGUAUCGCCAGGAUGAAAGUCCCGAUUAUGAUACACCCAUGGCCGAAGUUGAGGACUACGAUGGAGACGAGGACGAGUAUAUGUUUGUUUCCGAGCCUGGUUUUCGCCGCCCGAAUCGUGUCGAAAAGAAUCGUGCUGGUGGUGUUUUACAUCCAUCAAAUAUACGGCCAACCACAAACGCUACAGCAUCCGAGGGUUCUCUUAAUUCCCACCCAGCGGCCCGACGCGGUAAAAAAUCAGGCAGGCCUCGCAUCUUGUUUAAUAAUCCAGGCGAAGAUUUGGCUCCAUCCAGAUAUUCUGGAGCUAUUAUGCCGUGGGGUAUCAAUCAACAGCCUGUAUUGGUUGAUCAGGAGACAGUCUCAGAUGCGCACCUCAAGAAGAGAGGUCUCAAACGUCCUCCGCCGGGAGAAAAGGUUGGGAAGAGAAGCUAUGGUGCAAAUGAUCCGGAGAAUGUUGCAAUUGUCAACAUGAAAGAGAAUGAGGGCAAAUCCUUCGCUGAGAUCGCCGAGUUUCUCAAUGCGAAGCGUGUAUCCGCCGGAUUAAAACCAGGUCUUACGGUCUGUGGUGUCAACGGACGCUACAAUCGUACUGCGCCUAUUCUAUUCGCCACACAAGGCCUUAAGUUUGUUCCUCUGAGUGAACGUAGGAAAGCCAAUGGUGCUGCAAAACACGGAUCGUUAACUAGCAAAGCCGGAUGGACUGCCGAAGCUGAGGAUAGAUUGGUCGAUAUCGUCAAGCAGGUUGAGGCUGAGAAAUGGACAAAUGUUGCACGAAAAUUGAACUUGGACCUUUACAAUGGCCAGGCUGUAUACGAUGCUACAGCCUGUGCCAAGCGUUAUGCGGCAAUCUAAUUUUCUUGCGGGAAAAUCCUAGCUCUCAAUGGUUGCGCUUGUAUCUUCGUCGCAGUGAGGUGUAUCACUCCACCGAUCUCUGCUAAGUCACAUAUCAUUUUACGUUCCAGUAUCGUGGUGGAUACAUAUCGUGGCAUUUCUCUUUUGCAUUCAGCAAAUCAAAUCUCUCCUUUAGCCUGAUCUUUUCUUGGCGAAUCGAUGUACUUACGAUUACAUUCCCUUCAACAACACCAAAAAUUACACAGCACAAUCGAUUUCAACAACGAUAGUUGCAGGAGGACCGUAUACACGGCAAAAUUUAUACGCAGAAAGAGUACCUAAUUCCUACUGGGAUAGAAGAUGUUUAGGGAAAAUUGAUAUUAACGGUUAGACAUGGAUCGUAAAAAUGUAUUUGGUCCCCUGUUUUGAACGAUGGAUUUCUCGAUGGAUUUGUUUCGUUUAUUUUCAGAUCCUGGGUCCGCCAUGGACUCACGAAACUUCUGCAUACAA